CGGUGGACGACACCAUCUCUUUUUCUCUUUCUAUUCUCUUCAGUUUCCACAUCGCCGAUCCCGCCGUUUCUCCGGCCACCUUCCGGCAGUGCCGCCGCUGGGAAUGCCACCGUCGACAGCCACUCCUCAUCAGAUCUCCCCAACCAACCCAGAUGUUAUGUACUUGUGUAUGAGGAUUAAUCUCGGAGCUUUGUGUGCGCAGCUGUUGAAAUGAAUGGGGUGCAGAACAGAAGGGUUCACAAUGUUGAGAAACCUUUUCCAGGAUGCUUGGGAAGAAUGGUAAACCUCUUUGAUUUAACUGCUGGAGUAAAUGGAAACAAGCUACUCACGGACAAGCCACAUCAUGAUGCAUCUUCAGUUUCAAGAAGUCAAUCAGAUGUUGCGAGGAUCAUGAGUCCUCCAUUUGGUGAUCAUGUAGAGGAUAAGCUGAUUGUUUCUGACUCAAUGAGAGCAUCUUCAAAGAAGAAAAUAAACGGAACACCCAUCAAGAUGCUCAUAGACCAAGAAAUGUCCAAAGAAGUUGUUUCCAAGCACAAUCCACCGAAUGUAGUAGCAAAAUUAAUGGGACUUGAAGCCAUCCCAUUGGGAGAGCCUAAUUUAGCUGUGGAGGGAAGCCAAAGAGGAGUUUAUUCUCAACAUAUGUGUGGUCAUUCAGGGACACCAUUCAAACAUUGGCAGCUGGAAGAUAGGUUUAUGGACAAGGAAAUGCUUCAUGAAGUUCAUCCAAUCACAGAACAGAUUGCUUAUAAAGAUAUUUAUGAUAUAUGGCUGCGGUCACAGAGAACAAGCAAUCUAAGAGACAAGACACCAGAGAGAGAAAAGUGGACUGAAGAUGUUAAUGGGAAAAAAAUGGCUCUCAUUCACCAGAAAUUUUUGGAAGCAAAACGUCUAUCUACGGAUGAGAGACUGCGCCAGUCCAAGGAGUUUGACGAUGCCUUGGAAGUUUUAAGCUCCAAUAAUGAUCUAUUAAUCAGGUUAUUGGAUUCUCAAAAUCUUUAUGAACUUCAGUCUACUCCACUAGCUGAGACAAAGCGUAUUACUGUUCUUAAACCUUCAAAGAUGGCUGACAAUGAAAAAUCUGGUGGAAAGGGGAAAAAGAACGACAAGCAGAUCAAGAAACCAGCAAAUGUUGGGGCUGCAUGGGAGAAAAAUAGCCCUGUGUACUCUCCAGCCAGUCAGAAAGUUGAUGAGUUCCCAGUUCAACCUACUCGAAUAGUGGUAUUGAAGCCUACCUCUGUGAAGACACAUGAGAUUAAGGCUGUGGGUUCUCCAACGAUGUCAUCACCUCAAAAUCUGCAAAUUGGAAAUUUGUUUCAGGGACCUGAAGAUGAUGGUGCACUGGAAUCGAGAAAAGUGGCCACAGAACUUACACAGAAAAUGCAUGAAAACAUAAUUCAUCAAAGAGAUGAAACUUUGUAUUCUUCAGUAUUUUCCAAUGGCUAUAUUGGUGAUGCGAGUUCAUUCAACAAAUCAGACCAUGAGUAUACUGCUGGAAAUUUUAGUGAUUUGGAAGUUAUGUCACCAUCUCCAAGGCAUUCUUGGGAUUACAUCAAUCGCUGUGGCAGUCCUUUUUCUUCGUCAUCCUUCAGUCGUGCAUCCGGGUCUCCUGAGUCAUCAGUAUGCAGAGAGGCCAAGAAACGACUUUCUGAAAGAUGGGCCAUGAUGGCAUCAAGUAAGGGUCCUCAGGAACAAAGGCAUAUGCGGAGAAGCUCUACCUUGGGUGAGAUGCUUGCUCUUUCAGAUAUAAAGAAAUCUGUAAUAUCUGAGGUUGAGGGUAUUAAUAAAGAACAAGAACCAAGUGAAUCUGUUUCCUACAGUCGAAAUUUAUAUGAAGAAGUACAUGUUGAUGGUUCUCCUAAAAACCUCCUCAGGUCAAAAUCUGUCCCUGUAUCUUCUACUGUCUAUGAAAGUGGGCUCAAUGUUGAAGUUUGUGAUAACGAUGCUGGCAAAGCACAUGACUCCAAGGAACUGACAAAGUCAAAGAGUAUGAAAUCAUCAUUUAAAGGGAAAGUUACGAGUUUUUUAUUCUCAAGGAAUAAGAAAUCAACCAAGGAAAAAUCUUGUCUAUCUCAAAUAAAAGAUGAGUCCCAAUCUUCUGUUGCUGAAACAUCAGUAUCUCCAGUAAAUUCAACUGGAGACAUUAGGGAUGAUGUGUCUCAAAGCUUCAACAGUGGCUCCUUUGGAGAGUGUUCUCUUCCAUCUCUAUAUGAAUCAUCAGGCAAAACUUUAUCAGAUUCUGUCUCUAACGAACAAGGCGUAAUAUCUCUGGAGCCCGGGUUGACUCUGUCAAAGCCACCGGUACCAGGGAUUUCAAGCGAAAACCAGGAUCAGCCGAGUCCAAUCUCAGUUUUAGAACCUCCAUUUGAAGAUGAUAAUGCAGCUCAUGAGUCCUUGGACCGUAUGAAGGGCGGUCAGCUGGGAUCACGGGUGUCUCUGAAGUCUAACUUAAUUGACAAAUCACCACCUAUAGAAUCAAUAGCUCGGACCCUCUCAUGGGAUGAUUCUUGUGCAGAGGUGGCAAGUCAGUACCCAUUAAAGCCUUCGUUGGUUUCCUUAGACACCAAGGUAGAGGAUCAAGACUGGCUUGUCUUAGUCGAGAAACUACUAUCAGUUGCUGAACUUGAUGAUCAAGUGCAAUCUAACUCGUUUUACUCUAGAUGGCAUUCCCUUGAAAGCCCAUUGGAUCCAUCAUUGAGGGAUAAAUAUGCCAAUCUCAAUGACAAGGAAACUCAGCCUCUCCAUGAAGCCAAGCGAAGGCAGAGAAGAUCUAAUCAGAAGCUUGUAUUCGAUUGUGUCAAUGUUGCACUAAUAGAAACCACUGGUUAUGGAUCAGAGAAUUACUUAAUGGCCAUGUUGUGGAGUGGGGGCCACAGCAGGCUCCAAGUCACAGAGGGUGCACCUCCCCCAUUGGUGGACCUCAUCAUGGCCCAAAUGAAGGAGUUAAUAUCUGGUGGGAUAAGAUCUGUUUGGGGGCAUUGUGGGGACAGCAACAGCCUGGUGGUGGAGAGUGUUGUCAGGAAAGAGGUUGUGGGGAAAGGGUGGGUUGAGCUUAUGCAAUUGGAGAUGGAUCUUUUGGUGAAGGAAGUAGAGGGGAAGUUGCUAGAAGAACUUGUGGAGGAUGCGGUGGUUGAUUUGACAGGCAGGGCCUAAAUGGUUGAAUCCCUGAUGUGUCUUUCCUCUUUGUUUUUUAAUGUUGUAACUCUAUUAUUGUUGUAUUCGAUUAUCAACGCAUGGCCCUACUUCCCUAAUUUCAUUAAA